UCUGCUCCUCUUCGUCCCUUGUCUCCUCUCUCCCUCUGUCUCGCUCGCUCGCGAAGCACAACCCCAUCUCCAAUCAAAUACACAACAAAACCAAAACAAUUACAGCAAACAAAGAUCGAGCUAGGGACAAUUUUACUUCAGAAUUCCCACUUUUCCGGUCCCUUUCGAUUCUCAUCGCUGCCAAUUCACCAGCCAACUGAAGCUGCCGCUGCCGCCAGUGCUUUUCGAGCUAGGGUUUUAGAGGAUGGCCUUCUUUCUGGGUUUGGUGCUCGGACUCGCGGUUGGAAUUGGGAUCGUGAUCUUGUUCGUCCGCUCCGAGAAUAGCCGAGCAGGAGCAGACUCAGAACUUGCCACAAUAAUAGCGGCUUUAUCAAAGCUGUCAGUUGAGGAUUCAAGGAAGCUACUUCCAGCUGAACAUUAUCCUUCUUGGGUUGUUUUCUCGCGUCAACAAAAGUUGAAGUGGCUCAAUCUCGAAUUGAUGAAAAUAUGGCCUUAUGUCAAUGAGGCAGCAUCCGAGUUGAUAAGAACUUCAGUUGAACCAGUGCUUGAACAGUAUAGACCCAUCAUAUUAUCUUCCCUCAAGUUUUCAAAGCUGACACUUGGUACCGUUGCUCCACAGUUUACCGGGGUUUCAAUCAUUGAAAAUGAUGAUUCUGGGAUCACCAUGGAGUUGGAGCUGAAUUGGGAUGGAAAUCCAAACUUAGUGCUUGAUGUUGGAACUAGACUUGGUUUGUCACUUCCUAUUCAGGUGAAAAAUAUUGGAUUUACUGGGAUCUUUCGUUUAAUCUUUAAGCCACUUGUAGCAGAGUUUCCUUGCUUUGGAGCUGUUUCUUAUUCCAUGAGAGAGAAGAAAAAACUGGAUUACACUUUAAAAGUUAUUGGUGGUGAAAUAUCAUCUUUCCCUGGAAUUUCUUCCGCUAUUGAGGGAACAAUUCAUGAUGCUAUUGAAGACACCUUGAUGUGGCCCGUUCGAAAAGUAGUUCCUAUAAUACCUGGCGACUAUAGUGAUCUAGAGUUGAAACCUGUUGGAAUAUUAGAAGCAAAGCUUGUCCAAGCAAAAGAUUUAACUAAUAAAGACAUGAUAGGAAAAUCUGAUCCAUUUGCUGUUCUGUACAUCCGGCCAUUACCUGAUAAAAUGAAGAAGAGCAAGACAAUUAACAAUGAUUUGAACCCCAUUUGGAAUGAGCAUUUUGAAUUUGUAGUGGAGGAUGAAUCUACUCAGCAUUUGGUAGUGAAGAUUUAUGAUGAUGAAGGUCUCCAGGCAGCUGAACUUAUUGGUUGUGCUCAGGUAAUGUUAAGGGACCUUCAACCAGGGAAAGUGAAGGAUGUAUGGUUGAAUCUUGUGAAAGAUUUGGAAGUGCAGAGAGAUCGGAAAUAUCGGGGCCAGGUGCACCUGGAGCUUCUAUACUGUCCUUUUGGCAUGAAGAAUGGGUUCAUCAAUCCCUUCACAAAUCAGAACUCAUUAACUUCUUUGGAGAAAGUUCUCAAGACCGACACAAAUGGAACUGAAGAUGUUGCUAUCGGAAGGGCAUCAACAAGGAAGAAGGAGGUCAUUGUGAGAGGGGUGCUGUCUGUAACAGUUAUAACUGCAGAAGAUUUACCUCCAAUGGAUGUCAUGGGCAAAGCAGAUCCAUACGUUGUGCUAACUAUGAAGAAGACAGGAACGAAGAAUAAGACGAGGGUCGUGAAUGAAAGCCUGAAUCCUGCAUGGAAUCAGACUUUUGACUUUGUUGUGGAAGAUGGGCUCCAUGAUAUGCUUAUUCUGGAAGUUUGGGACCAUGAUACAUUUGGGAAGGAUUACAUUGGAAGAUGUAUAAUGACGCUAACGAGGGUUAUAAUGGAAGAGGAAUAUGAGGACAGCUUCCCUCUAGAUGGGGCUAAAUCGGGAGUGUUGAAUUUGCGUCUCAAGUGGUCGCCACAGCCAAUUUACAGGGACCCAUAAUCAGCCAAUUCUAUAGCAAAUAUUGAGGCGAACGUUUCAAACAAAGAGAAGGUUCCAGGUAUACAGAUUUCAAUUACUGAAGAUUGGAAUAAGCUUACAGCUGCUUGUUGUAUUAUUAGUUGCGCUUGUCAUUUUAGAACAAGCUGUUAUGUUCAUUGUAAGAAUUGUAAUUAUAGAUCAGAGAAUCUUUGUUGAUUUAGUAGCAGACAGACUUAAAGAGUAAUAUGAGUUAGUAGAUCACUUAUUCGCCAA